AUUUUAUACAUUCAAUUUCUUCAAACGUUUUUGAACCGAGAAAGCCCGGGAAGUUAAUAUUGCUUCAUCAAUAAUUUCAGGGCAUUUGAAAAUAAUAGUGUCGUUUGUGUAAAGUUAAAAAUGGAUAUAGAUUUACCGUACAGAAGUGAAUACGCUAAAAGCGGUAGAGCCUCUUGUAAAAUGUGUAAAUGUUCUAUAGCUCAAGGGUCUCUUCGUUUAGCAGCAUUGGUUCAGUCUGCUUUUCAUGAUGGAAAACAACCGAUGUGGUUUCAUGAAAACUGUUUUUUUAAGAAGCAACGACCGGGAUCUGUUGGAGAUAUUGAAAACUUUGAAAACAUCCGAUUCGAAGAUCAAGAAAGAAUUAAAUUGAAAAUUGAAAAAUCCUUGGAAGUUAGCUCUAGUACCUCAACUAGUACUAGUACCAAAAAAGGAAACAAACGCAGUGCUGGAGAAGGGAAUGCCAUUAAAGAUUUUGGAAUUGAGUACGCUAAGUCCAGUAGAGCAGCAUGUCGUGGAUGUGAACAAAAAAUUUUGAAAGAUCAAGUACGAAUUCGAAAAACAGUAUAUACAACCGAAGUAGGAAUGAAAUAUGGAGGACAGCCUUUGUGGCAUCAUGUAGAAUGCUUUGCGCAGUUACGUGGUGAACUUGGUUGGCUUAGCAAAGGCGAUUGUAUUCCCGGGUUCAAAAGUUUGAAAAAAGAUGAUCAGACCGUUAUCCUUAAACUGUUACCGGCUAUUGAUGCCAAUAGUGGCAGCAUUAUAAAAAAGGCCAAAAUUGAACCAGAUGUUAAGGUGGAAGAAGAAAUCAUCAAUAAGCAAAUAGAAAAGCAGUCAAAACGGCUAUUCAAACUUCGUGAUCUGGUAGCAGAACAAAUGCACAAAAAAGAUAUGAUUCAUUUGCUUGAGUACAAUAAUCAAGAACCUGCAAGCGGAGAUUCGGAAAAAAUGUUAAAUCAGUUAUCAGAUAUGUUGACAUUUGGGUCAUUGUUGCCAUGUCCUGAAUGUAAGGGUCGUGAGAUAUUAUUCAGCAAAUCUGGAUAUUUGUGCAAUGGUCAAUUAACGGAAUGGACCAAAUGUUCGAAUCUUUUAAUAGAUCCAGAACGUAAACCUUGUAAAGUACCAAAAAUCUUAAAGGAAAAGUAUAACUUUUUAACUGAAAUUAAGAACAAAACCGAAAAACGGAUUGUUAAAUAUAAUCCACCUAGUAUUGCUGUUGUUUCAAAAAAUAUAGAUUUAAAAAAGGAAGAAUCGACCGAACCUAAAGUGAAACGGGAGCGACCACCUCUUUACAAUUUCAAGUUUGCUUAUGUUGGCCCAAAAGAUGCAGAAAAGGAUUUAAAAAGUCGUUUGAAUAAGCUAGGCGGCGAGAUUACGACAAAGUUAUCUGAAAAUACUGUUGCUGUGUUUUCAUCGAAAUAUGAAGUGGAACAUAUGGGAAGUCGCAUGAAAAAGGCGAAAGAACUUGGUAUUCAUGUUAUACCAAUCGAUUACCUAGAUUUGGUCGAGAAUAGUCCAACAAACGCAAUUAAUUACAUCAGUAGUACUACGCUUUGUGAUUGGGGCACUGAUCCAACCUCUCGUAUAGUGCAAGAAGAUGUAAAUACGAAAAAAUCAAAAAGUAUUUAUACUAAAUCUGUCGCAAAGUCGGUGACUUUGAAGAUCAAAGAUGGAUCGGCCGUGGAUCCCGACAGUGGCUUACAAAACGUCGCUCAUGUAUAUUUGAAUAAAAAUGACAAGUAUAGUGUUGUCCUCGGUUUAACAGAUAUUCAACGCAAUAAAAAUUCGUACUAUAAAUUGCAACUUUUGGAAAGUGAUUCAAAGAACAAAUAUUGGGUAUUUCGUUCUUGGGGCCGGAUUGGCACUACUAUUGGCGACCAUAAAUUAGAGAAUUUCGAAAACCUGAACGAAGCCAGACAAUCAUUCCUUCACGUUUACCGCGAUAAAACUGGAAACGAAUUUAAUAACCGCGACGGUUUUGUUAAGGUUCCUGGUCGUAUGUACCCAAUCGAAAUUGACUAUGAGGAGCAGAAAACUGUAGAUUCGGAAAAAUUCAAAAUCGAAUCAAAAUUACAUGUAUCUGUACAAAGCCUAAUUAAACUUUUAUUUGACGUUGAUGCUAUGAAAAGAACCAUGAUGUUGUUCGAUCUUGAUAUGGAAAAAAUGCCGUUAGGCAAAUUAAGUCAGAAGCAAAUUCAGUCAGCUUAUAAAGUACUUAGUGAAAUUUACGACCUUAUACAGCAGAAUGCGAAUAAAGUUAAGUUCAUUGACGCGACUAAUCGGUUUUACACCUUAAUCCCACAUAGCUUUGGAGUUCAAAAUCCACCAAUUUUGGAUAAUAUUGAUCUAGUUGAGAAGCACCGGCAAGUGCUCGAUUCCCUUUUGGAAAUAGAAUGCGCUUACAGUAUGUUGCAAGCAGAAAAUAAUGAAAAAAAUGUGAAUCCUUUGGAUAACCAUUAUGAGCAAUUGAAAACAAAGCUUGAGCCUAUUGAUAAAAAGUCAGAUGAAUAUAAAUUACUUGAAAAAUACGUUCAGAAUACUCAUGCCGAAACUCAUAAAAUGUACCAACUGGAAAUCAUUGAUAUAUUUAAAGUGGCUCGUCAGGGUGAAACCAGACGUUAUAAACCGUUCAAAAAGCUUGAAAAUCGAAAACUACUAUGGCAUGGUUCUCGUCUUACUAACUUUGCUGGAAUUUUGUCACAUGGCUUAAAAAUAGCGCCUCCUGAGGCACCUGUCACAGGUUAUAUGUUUGGCAAGGGAAUAUACUUCGCAGAUAUGGUCUCAAAAUCUGCAAAUUAUUGUUGUACCACCACUCAAGACUCCACAGGACUAAUGCUUCUCUCCGAGGUAGCACUUGGAAACAUGUUGGAAUGUACUUCAGCAAAAUACAUAACUAAACUCCCAUCCAACAAACAUAGUACCAUAGGUCGUGGCCGGACCAUGCCUGACCCAAAAGAAUCUUAUAAGAAAGACGAUGGCGUAGAGAUUCCGCUUGGUAAACCGAUUACAGAUACGAACCUCAAAACAUCUCUUCUUUACAACGAAUAUAUUGUAUACGAUGUUGCUCAAGUGAAUAUUCAAUAUCUUUUCCGUAUGAACUUCAAAUACAAUAUCUGAGGAAAUUGAGAUAAAAUAUUUUCCUGAUUUGUAUAUAACUUGUUUUUCAACCACUAAUUUAAAUGAAUAAUAAAGUUUAUCGAUUAUAAAUACAGUAGAAAAAAAGGUUCUUGAAAGAAUUUUCAGUCAAAGUCAAAGACAAAGACACAAAUCCGGAAGAUUAUUUAUUACACCCCAAUUGUGCGAGCUUCUAGCCUUGCGCUAGUGUGUCCGCUAGACAAUGUAUGUAAUGGUGUCCGCUAGGCAACUGUAUGUAUUAUGCAAGACUAUUGGAUAUCAAUCUCGGCCAACGGGGUCGCCAGUCAACAGUUUUAUUUUUAAUUUAUUAUAUAUUGCCUUAUUAUAGUCAAAUGUCAAAAUCAAGCAACUCCUAAAGAGCAGUACAGUAUUUUAAAAUUUUUUGCGUUUGAAUGUGAAUAAUAUUUUUUAAGAACAUAUACAUUUAUGGGCAAAAUAAUAAGCGUACGUUUAACUUGUAUAGUUCUUUGUCAAAUCGUGUUACAAUUCUUAUACUUUAAAUUUUUAUGAUAAAGACGUAAGUAUCAAUAGCAUUUGGAAUAUUUAUUUUACAUUGAACACCAUAAACUGGAAAGAUGAAUUUAUUUAGAAUGGGUCGUUGAAGCCACUACACCAACUGUCGACUACACUCCUUUUUGUUUUCUAUGCUAACUUUGGAAGUUAAAAGCCAGUUUAAAUUUGCUGCUCUUAUCUUCUAUGCCAGUUAUUUUAUUUGAUUCAUGUAGCAUUACACCUAUUAAAAACAUUUGUGUUUAUGAACUUGAAGAUGAGUGAAAAUAAAAAGUAUGUACCCGUAUUAGCUGUCAUGUAUUGGCUAAGUGUCGUUCGCUAGCAGGAAAGAACAACGGAACGGUGAGCUAGCAGAAAUUUCAAAGGAAACGACUGAUUACCGUUUCGCAUUCCCUGAUCAAUCAUUUUAAGUUGGUGACAAUGCCAAAUCAGGGAACUUUUAACAGUUCAUAAUGACGAAAUUAGCGUGAAAUAAAUUUUCGGGGAACGACAUUAAUAUUCCUAAAUUGUGUAGAACUUAUUUGUUUUUAGCUAUUCUUUGUUAUAAAUGAGAUAUAUUUGUAUUUGUGUUUAUGUAUUAAUAUAUUUUGUUGUAUGAAGUGUGAAAAAUUAUGUAAUGUAUUUUGAUUUAGUUACUCAUUUAGUAUUUAUUAAUAAAACAUGUGAUAGCCCUUUUUAGAAACCGAGCACCUAAAAUAAUAUCUAAAUGACAAAAUAUCCAAAAGUUAAUUUUAAAAGGCCAAUCUAAUUUUUACGAUAGUGGCAGUAUUGAGUUUCGCAUCCAAAUAAAAAAAGUAGAAAACAUUUUUUUUGGUUUUGAUGAAAAGUCUUUCGCCUGGCUUAAACUCAAUACGGAGUUGAAUGCAAAAGAGCAAUUUUUGGCUGAUUUUUUGUACUUCUUUCGCAUUCUACUUAAAUCAAGUUUUCAUUUUUUGAUUUCAUCUUUUAGAACAAAAUUUGAUCCA